UAUGCCUUGGCUGUUCAGUUGAAGACUCAGAAUGAUCAAUGAUAGAACAAACACUUUAUAAAUCUCAAGAACAUUAAACAUUGAAAUGGGUUGAGAGGUUGAGAUACCAUUGUAUUUUUUUUUUAAAAAACUACCUGGAGUACUUUAGGUAUAGGUACCUACCAACAAUUAAUUUCCCUUUCACCUUUUCAUCUAUGUAAUUGAAAAUCAUGAGCCAGAGACACGAUAUGACUCGCGAUGCAGACGCCGAGGAUGAGGAAUAUCGUCAAUAUGUUACAGGAGGGCAGAAAUUAGAGGAUUUAGACAAGAAGUACCCUAACCGACCAAAGAAUCACUCGAGGACACAACUAUUCUCCGAAUUAUUCAACGGACUCUUCAACCCUUUGAGCGAGAAUAAGAAGCAGUCUCAGCCAAAAGUAUCACGCGGCAAAGUUGGACGCGGCGGGCCCAGUAAGCUCUCUCCACAGGAGUACAAACGCAACGUCAUCGAGCGCUUUAUUUCCAAAUGGCGAUCCGAGGUGGGAAACGACUUCUACCCAGCCAUGCGCUUAAUUCUGCCCAGCUCAGACCGUUACAGGGGCAUGUACGGACUAAAGGAGAGCAACAUUGCCAGAUUGCUCGUGAAGUUGAUGAGAAUCGACAGGAACUCUGACGAUGGUUCCAGCAUCAUUCGUUGGAAACUCCCAGGUCCCUCGGCUUCUGCUCGCGCUGGUGAUUUCCCUGGAAGAUGCUUCGACGUCUUGUCCAAAAGGGCCAUGCGCGUAGAUCCUGGAGACAUGCGUAUUGCCGAAGUCAACGAGAUGUUAGACAAAUUGGCCGCUUCCGCUGGUGAGAGCGAACAGCUGCCCAUCUUUGAGAUUUUUUACCAGCGAAUGAACGCCGAAGAACUGAAGUGGCUCAUAAGUAUCAUCUUGAAGGAUAUGAAAGUAGGAGCUACAGAGAGAACCUUUUUAGAUCUAUGGCAUCCCGACGCCCAAGACUUGUUCAGCGUAUCCUCAGAUAUUCGCCAAGUGUGUUGGGACCUUUGGGACCCUAAAGUCCGCCUUACUGAUGGCCAGACCAACGUCACGUUAAUGCAAUGCUUCCAGCCCAUGCUCUGUCACUACCAGAUGUCCACUUCCUUCCAGAAAAUGGUUGAUAGGCUUAAUUCCAGAAAUCGGAAGGAAGGAGACGACGAGUUUUGGAUCGAAGAAAAGCUGGACGGCGAGCGAAUGCAGUUGCAUAUGGAGAAAGACAACAGCGUUCCGGGUGGUGCGAGAUUCCGCUUCUGGUCGAGGAAAGCCAAGGAUUACACCUAUCUCUACGGCAAGAGCUUCGAAGAUAGUGACUCCGCACUAACACAACAUCUCAAAGAUGCCUUUGCUCCCAAUGUACAGAAUAUCAUCUUAGACGGCGAGAUGAUUGUGUGGGAUCCAGUACUCGAUAAAGUACUCAAAUUCGGCACACUGAAAACCGCGGCCAUCGAUGGGCAACGAAACCCGCAUAAGGACAAUGCACCUCGGCCAGUAUUUCGGGUGUUCGAUAUCCUAUACCUGAACAACAAAGCCCUCACGCCGUACAUCUUACGAGAUCGGCGAAAAGCACUUGAAAAAUCGGUUCCUGGGGUACCAUAUCGGCUAGAGGUACACAAAUACGAAAAAGCUACAUCGGCAGACGUAAUCGAGCCAAUGCUCCGGAAAAUCGUCUCGGAUGCCUCUGAAGGGAUAGUCAUGAAGAACCCUCGCUCCGCAUACAGCCCAGCCGAUCGCAACGACAACUGGAUCAAAGUCAAGCCGGACUACAUGACCAGCUUCGGCGAGUCCGUGGAUGUCCUGAUUAUUGGCGGAUACUACGGAGCCGGCCACCGCGGCGGUGCACUAGCCUCCUUUCUCUGCGGUUUGCGCGUUACGGAGAACGACAUCAAAGCCGGCAUGAACCCAGAGAAAUGCUUUAGCUUCGUGAAAGUGGGCGGCGGGUUCCGCGCCGAAGACCUCGCCGAGAUCCGGCAACUCACGGAGGGCAAGUGGAAGACCUGGGACCCGAAGAACCCCCCGACCCAAUACAUCCAGCUGGCGAGCAACGACAAGCAGCCCGUGCGGCCAGACGUGUGGAUCCGGCCGAGCGAGUCCCUCGUCAUCUCCGUCAAGGCGGCCAGCGCAGAGACGUCGGACCAGUUCGCGAAAGGCGUGACGCUGCGGUUCCCGCGGUUCAAGGGCAUGCGGACGGACCGCAGCUGGGACUCCGGGCUGGACUUCCAGGGGUUCCUCGAAAUGAAGGCGCGCGCGGAGAAGGAGAACGACGAGAAGGCCAUGGACAUGGAGGCCCGCCGCAAGCGCUCCUCCAAGCGCGCAAAGCGUGACAUCGUCAUCGCUGGCCAGGACAGCGCCGCGCCGGCUUUCUUCGAGGGGCCCAAGACUAAGGUGUUUGAGGGCCUCGAGUUCUGCGUAUUGACGGACUGCACCGCGCCUGUCAAGAAAUCCAAGACGCAGCUCGAGAUGCUGAUCAAGGAAAAUGGCGGGACGGUCUCGCAGCGCGCUAGCCCGGGCACGGAUAUGUUGCUCAUCGCCGAGAAAAAAGUGGUUAAGGUAGCAAGCCUGAUGAAGGCCGGCAACGUGGACAUCAUCCGGCCGAAAUGGAUCCUAGACUGCCUUGCGCAGCGCGACACGGACUUCCUCAUACCCUUCGAGACGGGCCACUUGUUCCAUGCCACCGAACCCACGAGACGCCAUGCCGAAGAGGCCGUAGACGAGUUCGGCGACAGCUACGCCAGAGACCUGAGCAUGAAGGAGCUAAGGGAGCUGCUCAAUUCGAUGCCGAAGGAGGUUCUCAUAGGCGAGCCGUUUAGUAAGGAGGAGUUCCUCACGCAACUGACGGCCCAUGGACACGAUAUCGGUAGCUUGAGGAGUUACAUAUUUAGGGGCUCUACUGUGUAUUUUUCGGCUACGGACGACGUCGCCCCGGUAUCGUCGCUUAAACUAAAGAAUUGGGUUCGAUAUGGGGGCGGGCUGGUGACCGAUGACCUCAGCGAUAGGAGUAUCACCCAGGUAGUCAUCAUGGGCGGCACCGAGAGAGGUGAAAGAGAGAAGGCGGCAGAAGUACACUCGAUAAUCAGCCGCCGUUCCCCUGUGCCUAGGGUGGUCUCGCGACAAUGGGUUGAGGAUUGUUGGAAAAACUGUACAAUGAUAGAUGAAGAGAGAUAUGCGCCACUGUGACGAUAUACAUGUACGUUUACUUUUAGUGCCUAGGUACCAGGUACUAUGUAUGUAAUGAUUAAUAUGAAGAAAGCAAAGCAAACUCAAGGUCAGGUAGCAACUGGGUCAAUAUUCUAAAUAGCUA